AUGAAUCGAUACCUGACGCUAAGUCAACUGGGAGACGGUACGUACGGUACCGUUGUCCUUGGCCAGCGGAAGGACACCGGUGAAAAGGUCGCCAUCAAGCGCAUGAAGCGGAAAUAUUACUCCUGGGAGGAAGCCAUGAGCCUAAGGGAGGUGAAGUCGCUGAAGAAACUUUCCCAUGCUAAUGUGGUGAAGCUGAAGGAGGUAAUACGGGAAAACGAUGUGCUGUACUUUGUGUUCGAGUACAUGCAGGAAAACCUGUACCAGCUGAUCAAGGACCGCGAUACCCAUUUUCCGGAAGCGACCGUAAGACUGAUACUGCAGCAAAUUCUUACCGGGUUGGCGUUCAUGCACCGACACGGCUUCUUCCAUCGGGACUUGAAACCAGAGAACGUGCUGUGCAGUGGGCCGGAAACGGUUAAAAUAGCCGACUUUGGGCUAGCCCGAGAGAUACGCUCGCGGCCACCGUACACGGACUACGUUUCCACGAGAUGGUACCGUGCACCAGAAGUGCUUCUACAUUCUACACGCUAUGGCAGCUCCAUAGAUCUUUGGGCAGUGGGAUGUAUAAUGGCAGAACUAUACACGUUUCGGCCAUUGUUUCCGGGCUCUAGCGAGGUGGAUCAGCUAUUUAAAAUAUGUUCUGUGCUGGGCACACCGGACAAGUCCGAUUGGGCAGAUGGCCACAAACUUGCCGCAACGAUACAGUUUCGAUUUCCGGAGUGUCCAAAAAUACCGCUGGCCACCUUGGUGACACGUGCCAGCAGCGCCGGUAUACAACUGCUGGAGGAUUUGCUUCAGUGGGAACCGGAGAAGCGACCGACCGCACAACAAUCGAUGAAGUACCCAUACUUUAGCGCAGUGAAACCACGAAACUCGGCGAACAUCUCGACGAAUGGUUUAACACAACACAAUCAACCCCAGCACAAUGGUAACACAAACGGUGCCCCUGCAAUCGGUGUACCAAAUGCUCGAUUAUCAAUCAUGGAGCUAGCGCCCAACACGAGAAAUACGCGCGACGCGAACGGAGCCAAUGGCAAUUUUAAUCCAAUUAGUAAUAACGAACUGAACGAUUUAAACUCCAUGCUAAGCCUAUCACGCGUGUCAGAGACGACGGUCGACCGGACGACUCAGCAAACACAGCCGACCCAAGCCAGUCAGCAGCUGUACACUGCAGAUGAGAAGGAAACUGGUAAACUGCAGAGCGGUAUAAACUACAGCCUGCUAAACGAGAUGCUCAACGGUUACAGUGUGGGAAUUGCACCUUCGGUUCCACCAAAUGCUCAGGGCAUGACGAAGAUACUCCGCAACGGACCAUCGAAUACAUACACAAAGUCGAACGUUUCUUACGAAGCUAAUAAUAUUGUAGCCGAUGGGGAUAAGGUGACGAAUGAUAAGGCUGCAGGUUCCGUCGUCAGUUAUGCCAUAAUUAAACCUGCAGUGGUGCGUAUUGACGAUAACCGAUUGGCGGAUGUGUCCGUACCGCUAGCAGACGGAAUCGGGAGUCGGAAAGAGAAGGUGAACGAUAUUUUUGUGACACGAAAUACGGACUAUCAACACCACCACAGCGGACAAGGAGUCGCAAAGGCAAACGGACAUCGCAUGCUUCCUGUCAUUGAUAGUGAUGAUUCGAGCUACUUCGGAAGUGGGUUCUAUUUGCAUAAGAAAAAUUCUGGCCACAUGUUAAAGAAUGGAAACUCGGCUGUAAGCAUUGGCGGUGGCAGUGACGGUGGUGUUGGUCGAAGGGCUGGUGGUAGUGGAGCAUUUAAUGGUAGCUUUCUGAACGACAGCAAGGUAUACAACGCAUUUUCAAAACAACCUAUGCUCUUGACACGAAAAACAGAUGAGGAUCUUAAGGUGUAUCGCAAUCGCAACGGACCGAUGGACCGAACGAUUCAUGGACAUUUUAGCAAGAGCUGGGAACCAACGCACCAUCUUGGAGAAAGCCGUGUGGAUGAUUCGCUGGAUGAAAUUUUGGGAAGCCGUGUUAAGGCAGCCAAGAAAGCAGCCAACGACUUCAAGCUAGAGGAUCUUUUCGGUGCACUAUCGUUCAGCAAGGAUUCAACCACGGCAAAAUACCCGAACACGGUUCCGUUUGCCAAGAGCUCUACGAAAAACAUCGGUGCCAGCGGAGCUAUAGCGGACAUUUUCGACAACUCUGAUGCUAAACCUUCCCAUUCUAGUGCUAAUGUCGUGCCACGACGAAAAAAUCAACAGCAAGUAUUCGUAUCAGAUACUAGCAAUUUAAGCACCGAAAAGUUUAGCGGUAUUAAUGCAUCAUUUAAGUUGUUCCCGUGGGACGAUAUACCAAAAAAUGGUGUAGAAAAGAAGCAGUGGAUUCCUGACAAUGGUAUGGAAUCAGUGCGAUGGAUGAUAUGAACAAUAUAAAACGGUUCAAAUUUAUAUCUUCCAGGAGUGUUAACGUAUGUUGGCGCCGGCAAUGAGCAUACGGGACGAACGGAUUGGGCCGCAAAGUACCUGAGCAAAUAAUGGGAUGUUGCCGGUUGGACAUCGCAUAGCAUUAUAGGAUUCGUUCUUGUUCUGUCUAGCAACCUAUCUGUGAUAGAUCAGCGUAACUUUAGACAAUUGUGGCAGUUGUUAUUAUGUUACUUUGUUUCGUUUGUAUUUAAGGUUAUAUAAGUAUAGGCACUGUAAAAAGACGAUUGAAUAUUCUAAGUUCGAUGAUUGGACUAGCUGGUAGAAUUA